AUGAACCCGGAUCUCAUCGAUUGCCGCCAUAUCGUCUUUUACGAGUUUAAGCAAAACACAAGUCCAACAGAAUGCACAAGGAAGAUCAAUAAUGUUUUUGGUGAGAGGACGGUCACAUUUUCGACUGUGUUCCGUUGGUACCAAAAGUUCCAGAAGGGCGAUUGGGACCUGUCAGUGAAGCCGAGGAGUAAGCAGUCCAAAUUCUCGAUAAAUGCCAGGAAACGAUUAGUGGAGCUGGUGAGGGAGAAGCCGAGCAUUGAUAUAUCGGAAUUGGCGGACAAAUUGUGCAUUUGUAUGGUGGUCGUGCAGCGAGAGCUUGACAAGAUGGGUAUUGUCAUGGUGAAGGUAAUUAUUAAUUGUAUCUUACUUUGAAACAACUUUGGAGGUGUUUCAAUUAUAAAACUCGUUGAGAGUAAUGUUUUACAACUUAAAAGAAGAGUAAUUUGGUUUUGAAUGUAGAGAUACUUGCUAUAAUUUUUUUGAGUGUUUUUCUUUUGAAGAAUAAAAUGUUGAGUACAAGUUUAUAUAUGUUAUUAUUUAAUGUUUGCAAGUACAAACUAUUUUUUGCAAGUAUAAAGUGAUAAUAUACGAAUUCAAAGCGUAUUUUACAACUUUAAGUCCUGCUUGAUCUAAUGUCUAUAUUUUAGGGCCGAUGGGAACAGUUUGUUGAUCUUGCCACCCCAACUCAGUCGCAAGGAGUUGAAGCUGAACCAGGGAUGGUUUAA